CUCUGAGGAAGCGCCGGGUCCUCAAACAACAAAGUCCUCCGCCUAGAAGGGCCGGAAGUGCCUCAACGUCCCCGCGGGCCCGCCCCUCCGCUUCCGCCGUUAUCCGAGGGGAGUCCCUGGCAGUCCUGUGCGCUCGGCCGGUAGGAUGAGCCCGGCCGAGGCGGUGGUGGUGUUGAGGACGGACGGCCAUCAAGCGCGUCUACUGUCGCCCGAAGUUUCUAUGCAGUGGCGAGGGAUGGGGAAGGCCGGGUCUUCAGUUUCCUCUGCGGCUCCCCGCUCCCCCGCAUCACACAGACGUAGGCCUCCGUCAUUCUAGCCCUUCCGCCCUGUUCCCGAGGGCUUGCUAGAGCGUCUCCUCGCCGUUUCCUGUCGUCCAGAAGCCGGGGCGGGUGCAAGGGUGGGGGUGGAAGGAGGCCUAGCGCAACCGCGGAGGGAACUCCCAAGUUUGGGUGGCUCGCAGCGCCGGAAGUAUUGGGAGGGAGGCAGGAAGUGAGGGGGCGGAGCCAGGAAGUGAGGAGGGGCGGGGGUUUAUGAGGAAGCCAAGAGAGCGUUGGGGCAGAUUUGCACUCAGGGCCUGCUGAGGGACUUGGCGGUAGCGAUUAGCUCUGUCCCCUCCCUUUGCAGAGACACGGUUGUCGCGGGAGUAGGAAACUCUGUGGACGGGUGGGCUGUCGGUAGGACAUUUCUGGCUGCACUUGAGGCCAGGCGUGGGAAGGCAGGGCUGGGGGUGGGGCCGGGUCGUCAGGGCGCCUGAGAGGGAAGCCCCCCGCCCCCCCACCCCCCCGCACUGCCCGUCUACACUGGCUGAGUGGACACUAAGAUGGCUGCCGUUGCCAUGGCACCCAACCCUGUGCAGACCCUUCAGGAGGAGGCAGUGUGCGCCAUCUGCCUCGAUUACUUCACGGACCCGGUGUCCAUCGGCUGCGGGCACAACUUCUGCCGAGUGUGUGUAACCCAGUUGUGGGGAGGGGAGGAUGAAGAGGACAGGGACGAGUUAGACCGGGAGGAGGAGGAGGAGGACGGAGAGGAGGAAGAAGUAGAGGCUGUGGGGGCCGGUGGUGGGUGGGACACCCCUAUGCGGGAUGAAGACUAUGAGGGCGACUUGGAGGAGGAGGUGGAGGAAGAAGAGGAGGGUGUGUUCUGGACCAGUGGCAUGGGUGGGUCCAACUGGGACAACAUGGACUACGUGUGGGAGGAGGAGGAUGAGGAGGAAGAUCUGGACUACUACUUGGGGGACAUGGAGGAGGACCUGAGGGGGGAAGAUGAGGAGGACGAGGAGGAAGUGCUGGAGGAGGAUGAGGAAGAGGAGCUAGACCCCGUCACCCCACUGCCCCCGCCUCCAGCCCCUCGGAGGUGCUUCACCUGCCCUCAGUGCCGAAAAAGCUUUCCCAGGCGGAGCUUCCGCCCCAACCUGCAGCUGGCCAACAUGGUCCAGGUGAUUCGGCAGAUGCACCCAACCCCUAGUCGAGGCAGUCGUGGAAACGAUCAGGGCAUUUGUCCCAAACACCAAGAAGCUCUGAAGCUCUUCUGCGAGGUGGAUGAAGAGGCCAUCUGUGUCGUGUGCCGAGAAUCCAGGAGCCACAAGCAGCACAGUGUGGUGCCGUUGGAGGAGGUGGUGCAGGAGUACAAGGCCAAACUGCAGGGGCAUGUGGAACCGCUGAGAAAGCACCUAGAGGCUGUGCAGAAGAUGAAGGCCAAGGAGGAGAGGCGGGUGACGGAACUGAAGAGCCAGAUGAAGUCUGAACUGGCAGCUGUGGCCUCAGAGUUUGGGCGGCUGACAAGGUUUCUGGCUGAAGAACAGGCAGGGCUGGAACGACGCCUCAGAGAGAUGCAUGAAGCCCAGCUGGGGCGCGCAGGAGCAGCAGCUAGCCGCCUUGCAGAGCAGGCCGCCCAGCUGAGCCGCCUGCUGGCCGAGGCCCAGGAGCGGAGCCAGCAGGGGGGCCUGCGACUGCUCCAGGACAUCAAGGAGACUUUCAAUAGGUGUGAAGAGGUACAACUGCAACCCCCAGAGGUCUGGUCCCCUGACCCGUGUCAACCCCAUAGCCAUGACUUCCUGACAGACGCCAUCGUGAGGAAAAUGAGCCGGAUGUUCUGUCAGGCUGCCCGAGUGGACCUGACAUUGGACCCCGACACGGCUCACCCAGCCCUGAUGCUGUCCCCUGACCGCCGGGGGGUUCGCCUGGCAGAGCGGCGGCAGGAGGUUGCUGAUCAUCCCAAGCGCUUCUCGGCUGACUGCUGUGUACUGGGGGCCCAGGGCUUUCGCUCUGGUCGGCACUACUGGGAGGUAGAGGUGGGUGGGCGGCGGGGUUGGGCGGUGGGUGCGGCCCGUGAAUCAACCCAUCAUAAGGAGAAGAUGGGCUCUGGGGGGUCCUCUGUGGGCAGUGGGGAUGCCAGCUCCUCACGCCAUCAUCAUCGCCGCCGCCGGCUCCAUCUGCCCCAGCAGCCCCUACUCCAACGGGAAGUGUGGUGUGUGGGCACCAAUGGCAAACGCUAUCAGGCACAGAGCUCAACGGAGCAAACACUGCUGAGCCCAAGCGAGAAACCACGGCGCUUUGGAGUGUACCUGGACUAUGAGGCUGGGCGCCUGGGCUUCUACAACGCAGAGACUCUAGCCCACGUGCAUACGUUCUCAGCUGCCUUCCUGGGCGAGCGCGUCUUCCCUUUCUUCCGGGUGCUCUCUAAGGGCACCCGCAUCAAGCUCUGCCCUUGAUCACCCUGCCACCUGCAAGGGCCCCUCUAGUCAGCACUUGGGGGGUGGGUGGUGGUGGAAGGUGGCCUGAAAGUUUUGGGGGCUCAAAGGCUCCUCCCACCAUUUGUUACUUCGUUGCUUCUCACUCCCCCUUGACCUAGGCCCCCUGCUUCUACCUUUAGGAGCCUAAAGAACUCCUCUGGCCUCCAGCAGCUUGGCCUUUUCACCUGUCUAUCCAGCAGGUCUGCAUGGGUCCCUGAUGACAACAGCUAUUUGCUCUCCCCUCUGUCCACCCAGGGGUCUAAGUAUGGGAUAGGGGAGAUUGUGAUCUUAUUACUAAACUCCUGUCCCUACUUCUGCUCUUCAUUUGUCAGUUCUGAGAUAGAGGGUUUGAGCAAGACUCAUGACAGCCCCCAUUCCAAUUCCAUUUUCUGAUGCAAAUUUUAACUAAGGGAUUUGGAAGCCUUUGGGGCUGGGGGAGAAGGCAGGCUGGGCAAAAGGGUAAAACUGGGUUAUAAAGAAGUCUACUCUCCUGGGGAAGUAGGAGGGAUUCAGCUUUCCUUCCAUCCCCAAUUUCUACCUCCAUAGACCGGCCAGAAUUUAGCUUCAGUGAGAUCUGGAAUGGUCGACAUGAUUCAAACUACGUACCAUUUACACCACCCAAUAAAUUAUUUUCCUGUUUUCCUAGCACUAGGAGCAAAGCUCACCCCACCCUAUCCCCCAGGUUAUUUUCACUGCCAGGCACCUUUCCUCUUGCAGUGGAGUUCCUUUUGUCAGUUUUCAGCCUCUUUACAUGUCACUAGUCGACCCUUCAUUUGGUGUGCCCUGAUUUAGGAGCCUGGGUGCAGGGGUUUGGAUCCCUGGGAGGAGAGCCUUGGGUAUAAUCUAUUUUUCUAGUAACUCCUUGCCUUCUGUCAUUUAUCAGCUCUUGUCCUCUGCUUUUGGUGGCUGAGGUCAAUUUAUGUUCCUGGGGAAAGGGAAGAUGGGUUGUGUUGUGGAAAUAAAGUUUAUUUGCUUC